UUAAUUUAGUUCCCCUCUUCGACCGACCCCGCGAUCUCUGUUGAAUAACAAUAAGGAGGCGGGGUGAGUCAACAAUCGUGGAUCUGAAAACAACAGAACAUCGAUCUGUAGCCUGCGCAAAAGCUGGCGCCGGAAAAAAAUCUGGGGAAACCACACUUGAUCCGGUUUUCUAUCAGUACUCUGCGCAACAACUCAACUCCUCAAAUUUCCUUGCGCCGAUUUCCCACAGGCAGAAAAUGGCUCCCAGAACCGAUUUCCCGCCGGUCCGGGCCUGUCUCUUCGACAUGGACGGCCUCCUCCUGGACACCGAAGAUCUCUACACGCUCUGCAUCAACCUGGUCCUGGAGAAGUACCAGCGCCCCAAACUGCCAUGGAGCAUCAAGGCCAAGCUCCAAGGCCGCCCGGGCCCCGCCGCCACCAAGCUCUUCCGCGAAUGGGCCCAGCUGCCCAUCAGCCAGGAGGAGUACCUCGAGGAGCUUCUCGCCCUGCAGAUGAAGCACUUCCCUACGACCCAGCCCCUGCCGGGCGUGCCCGAGCUCCUCUCCAGCCUCGGCCGCACUCGCUACUGGGACCUCAAGAAGAAUAAGGAGGCGACCACCUCCUCCUCCUCCUCCGCCGACGGCUCCGCCGCCACCGCCCCCAGCACCACGCCUCACCGGGUGCACAUCGCCCUGGCGACGUCGUCGCACGAGUCCAACUUCCGCCUCAAGACGGACCACCUGCAGGAGCUCUUCUCCGUCUUCCCGACCGCCCGCCGCGUCCUCGGCGACGACCCGCGCAUCCCGCCCGGCCGGGGAAAGCCCCUGCCGGACAUCUUCCUGGUGGCCCUCCGGACCAUCAACGAGUCCCUGCCGCCGGGGGAGCGGCCGAUCAGGCCCGAGGAGUGCCUCGUCUUCGAGGACAGCGUGCCCGGGGUCGAGGCGGGCCGGCGCGCGGGCAUGCGCGUCGUGUGGGUGCCGCACCCGAAGCUCAAGGAGGAGUACGCCGGGCGCGAGGCCGAGGUCCUGGCCGGCCGCACGGGCGAGGCGGGCGACGUGGACCCGCACCAGCUCGGCGAGAUCGACGACGGCUGGGCCGAGUACCUGCCCUCGCUCGUCGGGUUCCCGUACGAGAAGUACGGCAUCGUCGUGCCGCCCCCCGAGGUGGAGAAGGAGGAGUGCAUGCUUGAGGGUGCUCAGGUGGCGGAGGGCGAGGUCAUGCAGGUCGUGGGGACUGCGUGAGCGUAGAAGGCGACGAAUUGGCCCGGAGGAGAUUGCUGGGUGUGUUCUCAGGCACGAUGAAGAGCGUAGAAGAAUCUACGUUGCGGCCGUGACAUGAAGUGGACCAACCAGACGGUGCUGACGAUAUGGACAUUUUUUUUUUCCCUUCUACAUUUACAAGCAUAGAGCCAAGCAAGUGUAAGAUAUGCGCGACCUUGUAGAGAAGUAUAGACGAAAUAUUAUCAUCUGUUCCACACACAC